CUACUAACUAGUCAAAACUGCGAGGAAGCCCCCGGGCCAUCAGUGUAACACGUGACGACACUUCAAAUAAGGCAGGAGGAGGUUGAAACCAUGGAUGUAUAAAGAAAGCUGUUGAAAACGAGACGCUCAUUCAAAGGAACAUGUCCCCUGCUCCAGCAGAUGAGUUGGGCCGCAAACCCCUGGAUGGAGGUUGGGGCUGGAUGGUUGUUGUCGGGGCUCACAUUUCCAUAGGAUUUGCAUACUCCACUCCCAAAGUGCUAUCCAUUUUCUACAAAGAGAUACAGGAGAAUUUAGGGGCCAGCUCCAGUGAAAUAGCAUGGAUUUCCUCCAUCAUGCUAGCUGCCAUGUAUGCAGGCGGACCGGUGAGCAGCAUGUUGGUGACUCGCUUUGGAAGCCGACCAAUAGUCAUGGCGGGUGGAUUGAUGUGUGGGGUAUCUAUGGUAACCGCUUCUUUUGGGAACUCCAUGGUUUACCUCUACCUUUGCAUUGGCAUCAUUGGAGGCUGCGGACUCUCCUUAAACCUCAAUGCCUCUCUCACCAUCAUCAGCAAGUAUUUCCUGGUCAAGCGGCCGUUAGCUAACGGACUAGCCAUGGCCGGGAGUCCCGUGUUUCUGUGUCUCCUGGCCCCUCUAAACCAAUAUUUACUGUACACAUAUGGCUGGAGAGGAAGUUUCCUUAUCCUCGGGGGUCUGAUGCUCAAUUGUUGUGUCGCUGGGGCCCUGAUGAGGCCUGUCAUUGCGUCUUGUAAGACAUCCAACUGUGCACCACAGAAGAAGGUGGAGGACAAGCCAAAUGAGUCCAACACCAAACUAAAAGAAAGCUGUAUGAAGAGUGCUAAGAGCUUCUUGGAUUUGACCUUCUUCAAGGAUAGAGGCUUCGUCAUUUACCUCAUUGGGAGCAUAAUGUUCAUCUUCGGCGCUUAUGCACCAAUUGUAUUCCUAUCAGCCUAUGCUAUAGACCAAGGGGUAGAUGAAUUCUCCGCAGCCUAUCUGCUCACUAUCAUGGGCUUUGUGGACAUGUUUGUUAGGCCUGCCACCGGCCUGAUAGCCAGCAGCAAGAGGGUCAGGCCCAGGAUCCAGUACUUCUUCAGCUUCGCCUUGGUUUUCACCGGCACGGUCCACUUACUGUGCCCAAUGAUUACCGUGUUCAAAAGCUACUCCUACACCUUCCUGGCGACCUACGCUGUCUUUUUUGGCGUUGGGUUCGGCAUGGUUUUUGCCCUGAUAUUCGAAUGCCUGAUGGACCUGAUGGGAAAUGAACGCUUCCCCAGUGCUGUUGGACUGGUCACCAUCAUCGAGUGCUUCCCCAUGCUACUGGGACCGCCUGCUGCAGGCUUACUGGUGGACAUCUUCGGUGACUACAAGUACCUUUUCUUCAUGUGUGGCACAGUGAUCUUGACCGGCGGGCUCUUCCUCUUCAUCAUGAACAUCUACAACUAUCACAUGCUGGAGAAAGAGAAGCCAGGAAAGGAUGGAGAGCAGAACCAAUUAAACGUAGAGAGCCAGGAGCAUGUGAGCGCCUUAGAGGUGGAGAUGAAACACACCCCCGAGGCAGAGAUGGAACGAAGUGAGCCCGAGGCUAAAGAGGCAAACGGAGUCCAGAGAGAACCACAGCCGGAGAAAAGUGCAGAAACACCACAUUAAUUGGGAGUCAAAUGUAACUCUCCAGUCGGGUGCUUUUUAAAGCUUGCAGGUGAAGGUGACGCAAUUAAACGCACGCCAGUCCAACCUGGAAGUUUGGAGAAUUGCUCUUAGGUUCUCCUCGGCCGCCAUAAGUGUUUUCUGUGGAAGUUUGUGUUGCAUAAGUAACACUUCAUGUACACCAUGACUUAUUCACAAAGUCUGUUUUCAUUUCAUUUUGUCGCAUUUUAAUUUGCGACCAAAUGAAAUGAACAGGUGCACACAAGUUCAGUCAUUUAACAAGCAACAACAGUGAGAGCCUAUAGUCAUGCUUUUGACUCUGUUAAGCGGUAUGUCAGCACAGAGGUGUGUGCUGACACUGAUGGGUAUGCCAUUAGUCUUGCAAUUAUUUGUUUUACUUCAUUUGUAGUAUUUCUUUCAUUUCCUUUUAACAUUUUGACCGGCUGAUGGUGUCUGGGGACGCUUUCACUUUUCUUCUGAGUUGUUUUGAUUAAUCUUUUAGGGGAACAUCCGUGUCUGUACUAAAUUCCAGAGCAAUCACUUUAAAUGUUGCUGAGAUAUUUAAAUUAAACAAGUGUCAGCUACAUGGUGACUGCAGAAGUCAUAGGCUUUCUUGUGUGGGGACCAUGGGUGUUUUGGUACGAAAUCCACGCAGUUUCAGAGAAUGCACACAUCCUUGAUAUCUGGAAGUGAAUGUUUGCACUCUGAACACCUUUCUCUCCCAUAAUUAUCAACACACACUUUGUGUUUUGUCACUCUUGUGAUAUUGUUCAUUAGAGUCUUAUGAAUUUGUAAUUGUUCUUGCGUUAAUGCACUUAAUCUCAGGAGACUAUCACAAGAUAUUUUGCACUUGCAGUGUUUACAUAACGAAACUGACAAUUGGUUGAACUCAUUAAAUACUGUAGCUGCCAGCAAAGACAUUGACAUAUUUAAAGUGUGUCUUGGAACACAACCUGUAACAGAACCUGAAGUUUAUAUUGACUUAAAAUGAUUCUCUAAAGUAAAUAAUACUGUCUUUAAA